AUGAUCUUCUCCAUCAAAACCCUUGUUCCCCUCCUCCUGGCAGGCACCGCAAUCGCCAGCCCGGCCACUAUCCCCGCGGCACGACGCUUCCGUGGUGGAAGCGAUGCCUCCUUCGCCAACUUUACAAGCUCAGCAGACGAAGCCUCCGCCGCAACCCUAGGCACUUACACAUUCACCAACUGGGCCGGUGCCUUCCUCCGCAACACCGCCGUGACAAGCGUAACGGGCACAUUCGUCAUUCCAAAACCCUCCAUGCCCGCCGGCGGCAACUCAGGCACCAGCUAUUGUGGUUGCGCCUGGGUUGGAUUGGAUGGAAUCUCGAACUUCUGCCCUAAUGGCGGGUUGAUUCAGGCCGGUGUGAAUUGGUGUGUUGAAAAUGGUGUUACCAGUUUUGCGGCGUGGCAUGAAUGGUGGCCUGCUGAGGCCAUGCAGUACUGGGACAAUGUCAGUGUUUCAGCUGGGGACUCAAUUACGGUUACUAUCACUGCUUCCAAUACGGAGGCUGGUAGUGCCACUCUGAUCAAUAACACGACAGGUCAGAGAGUCCGUUUCGUCUGGACUUACAAGACUCCGUCGCUCUGUGAGGCGACUGCCGAGUGGAUUGUGGAGGAUUACUCUAUUGGUAACAAUCUGGUGGCAUUUGCGGAUUAUGGCUCGGUUACGUUUACAGGGAACAGUGCUGUUAUUCACGGUGCUACUACCUCCGACUUGAGUAAUUCUUAUAUUGCCAAUAUGGUUUCGGUGUCGAAUCCCUCUCAGGUUAUCAGUGCCAGCACUGUGAAUGGUAACGCCAUCACUGUUGUCUACCAGUGA